AUUCUCCUCCUCUCUCCCUCUAAUAAAAGCAUUGAAAUUUUAUUUUAAGAGAAGAAAAGAAAACCCACUAGGCUUUUAUAUAUGGGAGGAAUGUUGAUAAUUUACUGCUCCCAAGAAACCUACACUUAGAAAAAAUUAUUUUUUAUAGCAGAAAAAAAACCAAAAAACAUAAAAAAAACAGUCAGAGAGAUGAAAAAGAAGAAGAAGCCUAACUCACCUCCUCAUUUAAGCUCAACUUUAAUAUCUUUAAUAAUAUAGAUAUGACAUUCUAUUCAUGCAAGAAGGUGUCUUAUGGUGGAAUGUUAUAUUGCUUUCUAGACAGACUUAAAGCACAGGUGAAAUUGUCCAGACUCCUAAGGGAAACAAAAAAAAUUAAAGCUUGAGCCCCAGCGGGCUCGACGGAGAGUUUUUGAUCUGUUUGGAUGGUCCGAUCACAUGGCUUCAGAUCCCUCCUCUCAUCAGGCACACGUUCCUUUGCCUUUACACCCAGGUGAUAGGCUGCUAGACCACGAAACACACUUCUCACUGGUUCCUAUCCACAUUGUUACUCAUGCGUCUCAACUCCCAAUUGAAUUCCUUGAGCCCUCUCCUGAAAAGCAAUUAGUUAUUGGAUUUGACUGUGAAGGUGUUGACCUUUGUCGUUAUGGAACUCUUUGUAUCAUGCAGCUUGCUUUUCCAGAUGCCAUAUAUUUGGUUGAUGCCAUCCAGGGAGGAGAGAUGCUUAUGAAAGCCUGUAAGCCUGCACUUGAGUCUAGUUACAUCACAAAAGUUAUUCAUGACUGCAAAAGAGAUAGUGAGGCAUUAUAUUUUCAAUUUGGCAUCAAGUUGCAUAAUGUUGUUGAUACUCAGAUUGCUUAUUCUUUGAUAGAGGAGCAAGAAGGACAUACAAGAUUGCCAGAUGAUUAUAUAUCUUUCGUCGGCCUCCUUGCGGACCCACGUUACUGUGGAAUAUCUUAUCUGGAGAAGCAAGAAGUUCGUGUCCUUCUAAGGCAGGACCCUGAAUUUUGGACAUGCAGACCAUUGUCUGAACUGAUGGUCCGUGCAGCAGCAGAUGAUGUCCGCUUUCUUCUGUAUAUCUAUCACAAGAUGAUGGAAAAAUUAAGUCAACGAUCCUCAUGGUAUCUUGCAAUUCGUGGUGCACUUUAUUGCCGUUGCUUUUGCCUCAGCGAUAAUAACUUUGCAGAUUGGCCAUCUCUUCCUCCAAUUCCAGAUAGCCUAGUUGUGGAGGAGAAUGCCCCAGCGGAAGAAAUCCUUUCAGUUCUUGAUGUUCCUCCGGGAAAAAUGGGACUUGUUAUUGGAAGAAAAGGAGCUUCCAUUUUGUCAAUAAAGGAAUCUUGCGAUGCAGAAAUUCUCAUUGGAGGUGCCAAGGGUCCACCAGACAAGGUGUUCGUCAUAGGAUCUGUUAAGCAGGUGAGGAAAGCAGAAGCCAUUUUAAGGGGGAGAAUGCUGGAAAUGUUUUAGGGACUGGAUUCUGCAGUGCUUCUCUUCAUCAAAUUCUCUAUAAUAAAAACUGCUGUUUCCAGAAACUGAGUUUUUCUGCUUUGACUUUCUUAGUCCCGACCUCUCUAUUCAGAUGUACAGAAGUUAAUCAGUUUCUUGGCUAUGGUGCUGCUGCCUUUAUUUUAUUAUCAACCUGUGUUUCCAUUGGAGGUAAACAUCAAACUUGGCGAGUAACGAGGAUCGUUGCGGUUUCCCUAACGCUUUUAAAAACCAAACUAGUGGUUAAACAUUAUCACAUUACUUUCCUGCCCAGAUGAUGCUAAAUUCUCACCAUUGAAUGUCAAGAAGAAAAUUAAGUAAAAAGGGUACAGUUGACAGGAUGAGGGCAUUUCAUGCCGAGGCAUUCUUGUUCAAUGUGACCAACACUGAAACUGUUAGAGAUGAUAUACCAAAAUGGAGCGUUGGGAAGCUGAAUUUAGAUGUAUUUCUGUAGCGAAAUAAGUUCCCAUUUGUAAACAGAUUUUUCUCUUUAGAAGAAAAAUCAGCAAGGUUUGUUCUAUUAAUGAGAAUAUAAUCUGAACAA